ACGCCAAAAUGUAUGCUCUGCAUCUAGUACGGUGGAAGAUGUCGGAUCAGAUAGAGCAAGUGAAUUUACCUCCCGGCUGGGAUUGCAGAUAUGAUGCCCGGACGGGACGAUACUAUUACGUGAAUCUAUUCACUAAAACGACAACGUGGGAGGAUCCGCGUUCCAGGAUUCGACAGCUUCAGACGGGAGCACCAUUGCACAUCUCCAACGAUAACAUCUCAGUGCAGCCAAUGCAUGGUUCUCCCUAUCAUGUAUACCCUUCAAGUAACUCGUUCUACCCAGCUCAGCAAGCUUUCCAGAAUCCACCCUCCGGUGUUCCCAGUUUAACAGCUAGUCCCAAUUUCGCUACCAAACUACAGCAACAGCAACUGGAGCUGGCUCAGAUGGCGCGAUCAAGCCCACACACGCCCCGGAUGGGUCUCGGUCGAAAUGUCAUGCAGGAAACGUCGUUCUCGAGCAAUGUCAGCGCCGCAGAUACGGAUGCCACCGUUGCCAAGAUAAACUCUAUGUUCCCAACGGUACCGGAAACUCACAUUAGGAUGCUGCUGAAGAAAUACUACAAUCGCGAGGCGGUCGUAAUCAGUGCCCUGCAGGUGGAGAAACACCCACUGACCACACCCGGGCCCUACUCGACGCCCCCUUUGCCUCAGCGUCACUUCCACAACACGGCCAUGGGAGUUGUGUCCGCGUUCCAGAUGACCCCGGUACUGGGCGGCCGCAGCGAGGUUUCAACUUCCCGCACCGGAAGUCCUAUACCGCGGCCGGCCAGUUGUGCCAGCGGAAGCUACUACGGCUAUCAGCACGGAUCGCCGCGCAGCAACGGGAUCGACAUCCGUUACAGCUCUCCGAAACCGCACUCGUCACCCAAGAUGAAACUGAGAUACCUGAAGAGUUUUUUCCCCAAGGCGGAGGAAACUCUUAUUUUGGACGUCUUGGCGAAUGCCGACAACAAUGUCCAAACCGCCUCACAAGCUUUGAUCAAGCUGGGCUACGAAAAACGAGAACAACAGACGGCCCAACGGAGCUCAUCUCGAAAGGGCUCCGAGAAGGACGGACAUGGUGAGUCAGGACGAUCGGAGACACCUCCCGUAAAACCAAAAACUCCCGAUGAGAUGAAAAAAAUAAAAGCUCGUCUUCAGGCCAAAUACAAAGACAUUGCCGAACGGAUUAUUUCGAUGGCACUAGAAAGCGUUGACUACUCAGAAGACCGUGCUAAACAGAUUCUCAAUAUCGUUAUUCAAGAGGACAAAGAAAAGAAGAAAAGUGUCAAAAUUGAUGCACCCUACAAACCAGAGGAAGACAAAGAAAACGCUCAGACAAAUAGUACAACGCCCAGCCGAAGCAACAGUACGUCGUCUCCUCGCCGCUCUCGGGCCAAGAAAGCAAACGCGAAUUCUGAUGACCAUUCAGUGGGUUCAGAGGCCGAACUCGUCGUUGGAUCAAACAGUCCAACCGAUCCGGCGACAAUCCACCACAAGGAAGAUCAAACAUCGGAAGACAACGAAAACGAGGCUUCCAUUCAAAUCACCACCUCCACCUCUUCCACUGCAAUCAUUAACGAUUCACCACCACCACCAAUAUCAUCCUCACCAUCACGGCAGCAACGCGGCACUGCAAACAACUACAAUCAGCAGCAGCAGCAGCAAAACAGUGGCACCGAUUUGAACAACAACAGCAAUUAUGUCGCACCAGCAGCAGUAGGCGUCGCUUCUUCCACUGGCAAACAAAGCCGCACUAGAGCCAAGGGCGACCACGCAAAGUAUUCUAUUUUUAGAAACUCCUCGUCCGAGGACGAGCUUGACGGUCUGACCGGUGCUACAUCAUCAAAGUCGGAUUCGAUGAAUGCUUACAACGCAGCUCGGAUCACCACCAAGGGUCCAAAUACGAAGCUGUUCAGGGGCCCGAACGAUGAUCUGCUAUUGGCGGACUACGUAACUUGGAAUGGUGCCAAUCCGGAUCUGGCCAGAGGCAGCCAGAAACUAGCCAUGGGUCCGGAUCGAUCGAUUCGUAUUGAUCGUACGUAUAAAGCUCACGGUGCCAAUGGGGACCUCUGCAAAGGUCCUGCCGGGCUAGCGAAGGGUAGCAUCUACGCUCAGCUCAAUUGUACCAUGAAGGACGUUAAGUGCAACUAGGGACGAAUCAGAAGCCUAUCGGAGCCCCGGCAGGUGUAUGCAAACUAUUAUUCCUAAUGUGCGCGACGGCGACAACAAACUACAUAUAUCUACCUAUUGUUCAUGUUCUUAUCAUAACUUCCAUUCGAUUGGUUGGUUUUUGAAAAGUUGGUUGAAUACUUGUGCGGCAUGGCUGGUUUAUUCCGUAAUAAGUUAGUCAAUGACGCAUCGGAGCUUUCAUUUAACUUAGUGUUAACCAAUGCUAUUCGAAGUGCAAUAACUUUCACCAGAACUUCUCUACUCUGCGUGCUAACGAAAUACUAAAUAGAUUCUGUAAGGUGUUGUUUGACUUUAUUGUAACUGUAAUGACUCUUAUAUACGUUUGAUCUUUUUAAACAAAGUUUAUAUUUUCUACACAGAGAUGAAACAAUAUUAUAUUCGAAAAAGAUGAAGUCCUUCCUAAUGUGUAGUGUGUAAUGUAGGUUGUAACUGAGAAUAUCUAGAAUCUUGCGUGAUAACCAACAGGUAAAAAUAUAAAACGAGACGUAUUGCAGAAAAAAGUAUUUAACUAACUGGAUUUAUUCUGCACUGACAAACAAUAGCAAUCAACAAGCUCUUCACUGUUUUGUCCGGUCAUGUUUGAAUAAAUCAAUGGUAUUUUUAGUUAGGAUUACAGAAAUCAGGCUACAGUCUCGAAUAUCGAUUAAAAUGUUAUUCGCAGUAUAGUGCAAAUAUAAAACAACAUUCCGGGUUUCUUUUUAACUAAACCAAUGAUUCAGUUUUAUCAUUGAGUUUAUUAACAACUUACUCUAUAGCAUAUUAAAGUUUUUAAUGGGUUGAUAAUAUUCAAUAUUUUAAAACGUCAUUGUAUGAUUCAGAUACAUUCUAUUACUAAGCUGAUAGUAUGAAUUUAAAUACAAUCAAGUUUUGCGCAGCGGUUGUCAGUUAGAAAUUAUGUAUUUGCAAUACAAAAAGAAGCAUUCUAAUCCGUCACUGAAAUGAGAACAAAAAAUACACAGUUUUGCAUUAGAUCGUCUUGCAAAUUAAAUGAAGAGUGUCAAAUUUGAAACAUAUAGCAAAUGUAGAGAGCUCACACGUUCAAAGAAAGUGUAGUGAAUGUUACAACAAUCGGUAGGCUUCGUCACUAUUAGAUGCGUUAGUUUGAGGCCAAAGCAACCAUUAGAAGUGGCGCAACAUUCACGGCAAUAGGCCAAAACUGCAAGAAAUGCUCAUUCCCCAAUAACCAUUCAUUGCCUUGUUACAUUGUGAAAAGAUAAACAAUAUUUGCCGCGCAACUGAGUAAAGCAUUAAUAAAUAGGAGAGAGUAUAUGAAGGUGAGGCCAAACAGCAAACAUAUUCCAUUGAAAUGCAAGGUUACAAUCUACUGUACUGAAAGCAAAGUUUCCAUUACUUCUAAUAUUUUGAUAUGAUAACCAUAAACAAAUGUAACGAAAAAUGUAUGUGAUAGUCAACUUACUUUUCGAUUAUCGCAAGCAUAUUAAAUUUUUUGUGGAAGUGCACUAUUAGCCUAAUUCGACUAGAUCUACUUAGAAAGAAUCGUGACAUUUAAGUAUCAAAUACUAACUUGCCAUUUUAUUAAAAGCAUUACUGUAAGUGAAACCUGUACCUUGUUCGUCCCACAAAAACUUUAGUAAUAUAGAAGAAGAAAAAAACCCCGAAGCGGCAUACACACAAACCCAUUAAAAUGCUCCAAAACUGAUUGGAAAAAUUGCGUCCAUCUCCAAAUAUAAGAAUCUCUCGAUUUUGGGUCAAAUUACGGCCGCCAUUUCUGAGCAAAUGACACAAAAAAGCAACUGUUGCUAAGUGAAGCACGCACGUAUAAUUCCAUGUAAACUGUAAAAAAAACAAAUAUAAUAAAAAUUGCCAUUUACCAAA